UCCGAACCACACAUUUGACUCACUGCACUCCAGCUGGCCGCUCCGUGUGGUUCGCAUCCUUUCAUCUAGUCCCACCUUAGUUGUGCGCGGCGCACACCCCUGAAGAUAAGCAGCCAUGGAUGCCAUCAAGAAAAAGAUGCAGAUGCUGAAGCUCGACAAGGAGAGCGCAUUGGACAGAGCUGAGCAGGCCGAGUCAGACAAGAAAGCAGCGGAGGACAGGAGCAAACAGCUUGAUGAUGACCUGGCAGGACUGCAGAAGAAGCUCAAGUCAACUGAGGAUGAGUUGGACAAGUACUCCGAAGCCCUGAAGGAUGCCCAGGAGAAACUGGAGCUCGCUGAGACGAAAGCCACAGAUGCUGAGGGUGAUGUAGCUUCCCUGAACAGACGUAUUCAGCUGGUCGAGGAGGAGUUGGACCGCGCUCAGGAGCGUCUGGCCACAGCACUCACCAAGCUGGAGGAGGCCGAGAAGGCUGCUGAUGAGAGCGAGAGAGGCAUGAAGGUCAUUGAGAACAGGGCAAUGAAGGACGAGGAGAAGAUGGAGCUGCAGGAGAUCCAGCUGAAGGAGGCCAAACACAUUGCAGAGGAGGCUGACCGCAAAUACGAGGAGGUGGCCCGUAAGCUGGUGAUCAUUGAGAGUGACUUGGAACGUACAGAGGAGCGUGCUGAGAUGUCGGAGAGCAAAUGCUCCGAGCUCGACGAGGAGCUGAAAACGGUGCAGAACAACCUCAAGUCUCUGGAGGCCCAGGCGGAAAAGUACUCUCAGAAGGAGGACAAGUACGAGGAGGAGAUCAAGGUUCUUACAGACAAGUUGAAGGAGGCCGAGACCCGCGCUGAGUUUGCUGAGAGAUCAGUCGCCAAGCUUGAGAAGACCAUCGACGAUCUGGAAGAUGAGCUGUAUGCCCAGAAACUGAAAUACAAGGCCAUCAGCGAGGAGCUGGACCACGCCCUCAACGACAUGACUUCCAUACCAUCUAUACAAGCAGCUUGAGAAAAACCGCAUCCUGACCAAUGAACUGAGAGUAGCCUUAAACGAGGCGUAGGCUGGAAUGGCCUCCUUUCAUUCUGAAUCUCAAACGUCCUGGCUUAUAUUGUAUACUACUGUGAUAUAAAAAGGGUAUAGACAGUGUCUGACCCAAGGCUUAAACCCAUGAAUACUUUAAACAAAGGGGAAGUUUCACAUUAUGCAUGCUAAAACUGGCUAAAUCGGGUGGGAGGUCAGACCACCUCGGGUCAUGGAAAGUCGUGGCGGGUUUCAUAAUUACUAAUCGGUUAUCGACAGGGAUGUAGCACUCCUGUGGGAAUCUGCAUGGUGCGGUUUCUCAUGAGCUGAAGUGGGUGACCUCUGAGAGGCUCAUGAAAUGACGCAACCUGUCCAGAAUGCCUGGUACACCACUUCUAAAUUGAGGGAAAAAAAAAAAAAAAAGUCAAAAUUUAUAUUACAAGAUGGUGUUCAGCUUGCCCAAGAACUACACUGCUGUUGUUCUGCCCUUAAUACAGAUUUGACUUGUUGAUUCAAUUUCCCUUCAGUUUGAAUAGGAACACAAGCUGUGUGCUUUAGUUUGAAGCAGAAUGGAUGCAGUGCUGUACAUGUGGAGAGAAGCCACGUCCAAAGAAUUAUAUAAGCAUACUAGUUUUAGAGAUAAAUUGCAGUCAUGUAUGGAUAUAGGGUUUAUUGAGCUAACAUUAAGCCUUAGAGUAAAAUUGAAAGGACAAAGACCAAAUAAAAGCUGUGAUAAUGACCUGAAAGUGCUUAGAGUAACUAAAUGAUUAAGAAGCGUUAUUUCGUAGCUACAGCCCCGUCUAUGGUUUGAGUAGAAUAUUCACAGGAGGUGGCCUGCUACAGCAUUGUAGUUAAUGAAUGCUCACAAUGGUGUUUGUUAUCCUGGACUAGAGCUUUGUCUGUUUAAAUCCUGUGCAUCUUUGGGUGGUGUUUAAAAAUAAUAACAAUUUUAACCAAUGCAAUGCUGUAUUAACAGAUAAACUCGCACGCGCUAAAGAAGAAAGCCUCAACGUACAGCGGAUGCUGGAUCAGUUUUUAGUGGAGAUGCUUAACAUUUGACCCAGCUGUGUUCAUCUCCCGACAUUGCUUCAUCGACUCUGACACGGCUGCAACAGAUGUUUGGACUUGUGUUUAAAAGUGUCCUCUGAACUUCUUAUCCCGAAGAAACCAGCUCUACACAAGGUAGCCUGCACUGCUUCAGUGGGCAUCAGUUACAUACAGGCUUUGCAUUCCACACUAAUCAAAGGUCAGUUAUCAUUCAUGGCACAUCAUUAAAGUUUACAUUGUAAAUGUUGGGAGAAUUAGCACUUUUGUGGAAAUGCACUGCACAAAAAUGUCAUACAAGCCAUAAAUUAAGACCCGGUUAUAUAAAGGGACUUUUAUUACGUGUAAGUUGUUUUCCUGGUUUCCUCUGUAUUGUAAAAUGAUAUAGUGUCUUAUGUACACUUCCCAGGAUGGACUGAAUUGGCACAGAUGCUUGAAUGUAUGAUUUAAUUAGCUAAUGUUUCCACGAUUUCUGCCCACGUUGAUCAAUUCUAUUUUUUGUUGCUCCCAUUUUAUCUUGGUAAAGCUUGUGUAAUAAAUGGUUGGUUCAAGAAUA